GGUACAGUUCCAUUGCUGAGGCUUCCAUUCUACUCUAUGAAACAUUUAAUACAACUACAGACUUAAUCCUCCUGUUUUAUCACAAUGACAUUACAACACUCAAUUUUUUAAAGAAUUUGACGACACCUUUGGGUGGGUGGGACGUGGGUGUUGAACGGUAAUGGAUGACGCAUUCACUUUUCUCUGGAAUCCCUGAAACUCGCUGACACUCAGUGAGCAGAGAGUAUAAGUGGCCCAGAAUGCACCUCCUCCAGGCAAACCCACACAUCCAGGAGACAGGAAGAGAAGAAGAGAGGAGAGCAGCUGCAGAACUGCUGUCACGCCAGACUCUAAGUCUUCCAGGCUGUCUUCCAUACGACUCCCACCGACCAGAAGAAACUAAUUCUAACAGAUUUCUAAAAUAGGAUCUGCUCUGGGACGUCUUAUUCAAAGUCAAGUUUCAAGUGAAGACCAUCAUGAAAGCAGUGAUCUUGUCCGUUGUUCUACUGGUCGGCGUGGCCAUCUCCAUGGCAGAAGAGGCAACGAAGGCACCCCGUUGCCAUUGUGCUAGCACCCGCAUAACACCACUCAACAUCAAAAGGAUAACUGCAAUUCGACAGUACUCACCUCGACCCCACUGUCCCAGGGAGGAAGUCAUUGUCAAACUGAGCACUGGAGAGUCAGAGUGUCUGGAACCAACUGGGGAUUUUGCCAAAAUGUUGAUCAAGAGAUUGAAAAGCCAUCCAAAGAGAAGACAGUCGAAAGUUAUAACUACCAUCCUUCCUAUUACAUCUGAACACACUCAAAUCACAGGAUCAUUUUAGUGACAUGCUGCCUGUAAAGUUACCUGAAACUGAUGCUGCUCAUAUUGGCAAUGAAGUUCUAUGUUUUUAAACUUGUGAAAACGUCUACAUUUUGUACCUGCACACUUUGGACAGAUUUUUUAUUUGUCUAAAUCCAACACCAAUAUUAUUAUUCAUAAAAAAAUGUUUUUGUUCUGAUAUAUAAAUGUUUUGACUCUAAA